AUGGAGUCGUGCAAUGGGGUUCGCACCACUAUCGGAGACGAGUGCAACAUGGACGACGAAGAGGACGCUGAGUACCUACCAGCAAGAAGAGCGAAGGGUGACCCCAGUGUGAAGUCCUUUCAGUCGCUGGUGGGAAGCCCGCUAUGA